AUGCCCAGCAACAAAUUUACAGUGCUCUGUGGGCUCGCCUUCGUACCGAUUGCACUUGCUCAGGGUCCACAGUCUGAUCUCAAUUCAACAAUCUAUUUCCCCCAAUCUACAACCACAUCGGUAUAUUCAUCUCAGACAACACUACCUUAUCACAAGAAUGCUUCCUACCCUUACCUCGGGCAGGCACCGAAUGAGGCCGCCUUUCCCCGGUCACCAUCUCCCAGUGGUCCAAGAUGCAUUGUAACACCGCUUGGCUGGGGACAGGACGACUCGUCCCAGAUUCUGGCUGCUGUCGCAGAAUGUGGCGUCAACGGGACCAUUACCCUGCCUGCUCCAUACGUCUACACAAUCUCCCGGCGAAUGUACAUGAAGCUACAAAACGCCCGGUUGGAGAUCUUCGGCACUCUCUCAUUCACACCUGACUUGACUUACUGGAUUGACAACUCUUUCCGCGUCGAAUUUCAGAAUCAGUCGACAGGCUGGAUCGUCGAGGGUCACAACUUCGAGAUCGAUGGAGGAGGAUGGAUGCAAGGUGGUGUCGAUGGUAACGGCCAGGCUUGGAUGACACAUGCAGCCGGCCAUAGCAACCAAUUCGGCCGCCCGAUUGUGCUGUCCAUCUUCAAUUCCUCUAAUGUCAUCGUGACCAACUUCUCCAUACGGCAGCCGAUGUUUUGGAGUUUUUGGAUCCAAGACUCCUACAACGUCGAAAUCAGCAAGGUAUACAUCAACGGAACCAAUACCGAUCCCUACGGCAACUCCUCCAACUACGAGACGAACAUUGAUGGUCUCGAUACUCUGCGCGUGGACCAUAUUCUGAUCAAGGAUUGGCAAUUCCACGGCGGGGACGACUGCCUGGCACCUAAAGGUAAUACGACAAACAUGGUCAUCAGUAACAUGACUUGUGUUGGGGGCGGCAUCGCCUUCGGGUCGAUCGGGCAGUACGUCGAUUCGCCGGACUAUAUUUUCAAUGUGACAGCGACCGACAUCUCGGUCUCCCAAGACAUCAACCCACGAACAGGGGGAGCUUCGGUCUCAGGUGGAGCUUACUUCAAAUCUUGGGUCGGCAAAGAAGAAGGCGAACCUCCGCAAGGCGGUGGCGGUGGUACCGGACGAGUGUCGAAUGUGACUUUCACGGGCUUGACCACUCACAAUACUAGUCAAGCCGUCUACAUCAACAAGUGCUACUUCAAGGUGCCUGACCAGGCCAACUAUUGUGACACGAGUACGUUGGAAUUCGAAAAUCUGCGCUUCUCUGACGUUUCCGGGACCGUCAGCGGAAAGGUUGGCGUAGCACUCAAUUGUUCCGCGGCAGCUCCUUGUUCGAACAUGGUCUUUACGGACAUCCAUCUGACCAAUGCUGCUACCAACGCACCUGCUAACGCGACCUGUGUGAAUGCGAGGAAUGUCACAGGUAUAACAUGUAACAGCACGUUGGUGCGAUGA